CGGGGGGGGCGGGGCUUGCGCGGGCGCCGCGCGCCCCUGGCGGGCGGUGGCGGCUGCCGGUGCUGUCAUGGCGGCCAUGGCGGCGCUCGCUGCUCUGCGCCUGCUGCUGCUGCUGCUCUGCGCCGCCGCGGGACCCGCGCUGGGCUGGGACCGACCGGGGAAGGUUCUGCUGCGGGACGUCCAGGCGCUCACUCUCCACAGAGGGCAGUACACGACAUCCAGGCGGACAGCCUCGGUCCCUCAGCUGCAGUGCACGGGCGGCUCUGCGGGCUGCUCCCGUGUCCCUGAGGCUGUGCAGUGCUACAACAAAGGAUGGGAUGGCUACGAUGUACAGUGGGAGUGCAAAGCAGACCUGGAAAAAGCCUACCGUUUUGGACAAAUGGAAGUGAGCUGUGAAGGCUAUGAUUACCCAGAUGAUCCUUACAUACUAAGAGGCUCCUGUAGUUUGCUGUUCAAGCUAGAGCUGACUGAGGAAGGUGAAAGGAAAGUGAAGAACUCUGGAAGCUUUGGCUCUAGCUAUUACCAGUCAAGGAAAGAUUAUUCUGAUUCUGGUUCUGGAGCAAUUGUUGUAAUUGUUCUUCUUCUUCUUGCUUUUGGAGUAUACAAGUUCUUCCUCAGCAACCAGCAGUCUCAGCAGAGUUCUGGGGGCAGUGAUGGCUUCUCUCAGCCCUUCUGGCAGAGUCAGCAGGCACCUCCUCCUCCUGGUUUUAAGUCCACCUUCACAGAUGACAACAGCUUUGGAACUAAUUCCCAUCAUGGAACCAGCUCAGGACCAGGAUUUUGGACUGGAUUAGGAGCAGGAGGCUUGCUAGGCUACUUGGCAGGCAGUCACAGAGCACAGCCACGCUCCCCAUAUCACAGUAUGUGGACAGAUCCCACAGCUGUGCCUCCUAUGCAUGGGCACUCAAGGAAUUCCACAGAAGGCAGCACCUCAGGAACAAGAACUGCUUCUGGCUUUGGAGGCACAAAGCGAAGAUGAAAUCCUUUACAUUAUUCCAUCAGAGUGAUUGAACUAAAUCUUGUUGUGUACUUGUACUUCUUUUAAUAGUAGUAUACUUCAGAAGUGGAUAUGAGGUUUGAAGGAUUAGGCAAAGAAUUCCUCACUUUCUCUGUGGACUCUCACUGCUGUAUAGGGUAUCACAGGUGCCA